AUGAGAGCAAAAGCUAGAGUGAAAUGGUUUAAAGAAGGAGGUGCAAAUACAACUUUCUUUCAUACAACUAUGAAAAUUAGAAAAUCUUAUAAUAAUGUUUCUGAAUUGGAAGAUGAAGCUGGAAAUGUAGUUACUUCUCAAGAUCAGAUUUCAGAUAUUCUAGUUUCACAUUACAAAAAGAAGUUUGAGAGGAAGAAUGUAGUGUUUGAGGAUGAACUUUUUGAGGCAAUUCAAAAGAUACUUAAUGAGGAUGAUAAUACAUAUUUGGAUGCAGUUCCUUCACAAGAAGAAAUUAAAAAAGCAGUUUUUGGGAUGGAUGCAAACAGUGCACCUGGACCAGAUGGCUUCCCAGGAUUUUUUUAUAAAUUUGCUUGGAAUGUGGUUGGAAAAGAGGGUCCUUGUAGAUUCUUUGGUGUUGGAAGGGGAUUGAGGCAGGGUGAUCCACUUUCACCCAUUUUAUUUGUGCUAGCUGAAGAAAUGGAGCUAUCUAAUUUUCCAGACAAGUAUUUGGGUGUGAUACUAAAUCCAGGGAGAGUGACAACACAAAAAGUAUGGGGGAUGGUGGAAUUGAUGCAGAAAAUGUUAGCUGGUUGGAUAGGAUUUUUUUUAUGGUCUGGAGACCCUAAUGUAAAGAAGUUAAUUACAGUCAAGUGGGAUGAAGUUAAUGCACCAGUGGAGGAAGGUGGAUUGGGUAUCAGAAGACUUGAGGUGAUGAACAGAGCUCUGUUAAUGAAAUUUUUAUGGAAAAUAGAGAAUGAAGAUGAAGAAUGGACUAUUUUUAUGAGAGCCAAGUACAUGAAUAAGAAUGGUGAAUGGAUAAAAUAUUAUAGGAAAUCCUCAAUAUGUCCUGGUUUAAAGUGGAUGAUGGAAGAAAUGCAAGAAGGAAGUAGAUGGAUAGUAGGGAAUGGGCAUAAAGUAUCAGUCUGA